AUGCCCUUAUCUCUGAAUGUCUCGGCCAACGAGGCCUUGUCUGGCAUCUUUGGCAGCAUAAGCUUGACAUCUUGGAUAUGUCUUCUGCUCCCUCAGCUUAUCACGAACUACAAAGCAAAGAGCGCCGAGGGCCUGUCUAUGGGCUUCCUUGCCAUAUGGCUUUUCGGCGAUAUCGCGAACCUGUCUGGUGCUCUCGUAACAGGCAUUGCGCCGACAGCUACUACCCUGGCAGCCUACUUCUGCUUCUCUGACCUUGUCCUCAUUAUGCAAUGCCUGUACUACAACACGAUCAACGCCCGCCGGGCCCGCCAGCGUACGCGAUCGACCGGCACCGAGGCCUCGGAGGACUCCCCUCUCCUCAGACCCAGGAGGAGGUCGUCGACCGGCCUGCCUGGCUCGCAGCGCCGCAACUCGACCCGGCACGAAGAGUCAGGUUUUGACCCUAUCACGCGGAUUGUGACGGGCGAGGACGAGACCCCGGAUAGCAACCCCUGGCUCCACAACUCAUUGAGCCUCGCCGCCGUGUACAUUGUCGGUGCGUUGGGUUGGUUCGUGUCCUACAAAGUAGGCGCCUGGGACAAGCCCGAGGAGCCGGAUGUGCCUACGACGGCGUCGCCCGUUGCCAUCGUUGGCAUGGUAUUGGGAUAUCUCAGUGCUCUGUGCUACCUCUGUGCUCGAAUUCCUCAGAUUCUCAAGAACUACCGGGAGAAGUCAUGCGAGGGACUUGCCCUCCUGUUCUUCCUCCUGUCCCUGUCGGGAAACCUUACCUAUGGCGCAAGUGUCUUCAGUUAUUCGCAAGAGCCGGACUACAUCAUCAAGGCAAUCCCAUGGUUGCUGGGAUCGCUGGGCACAAUGGUGGAGGACUGCAUCAUUUUUUACCAGUUCCGGAUAUACUCGCCUGAGCGCCAGGCAAAGCCCAACGGAACGGCUUGA